CCGCCGCCGCCCCCGCCCCGCCGGCAGCCCGCGGCCGCCCCCCGCCGCGCUGACAGACAGCUCCGGCAGCGCGCCCCGGCCGGGGAGGCGGCGAUGCGCCGCCGCCGCCGCCAUCCCGGCGCAGCCCGCGGCGUGCCCUGCCCGCCGGCAGCCCGCGGCCGCCCCUAGCCGCCGCGCUGCCCGCUGCCGCGGCGGAGGCGGCGGCGGAGGAGGGGGGGCAGCGGCAGGGGCGGCUGCUGCGGCGGCCCCCCGCAUGAGGAGAGGCGUUAAAUAGCGCCGAGCCGAGCGCGCCGCGGCCGCGCACUGCCAGCUCGGUGGCGGCGCCGGGGCCGCUGCCGCCGCCGGCGCAGGAGGAGGAAACAUGGCGAGCGACUCCCCGGCGCGGAGCCUCGACGAGAUCGACCUCUCGGCGCUGCGGGAUCCUGCAGGAAUCUUUGAACUGGUGGAGCUUGUUGGCAAUGGUACCUAUGGGCAGGUUUAUAAGGGUCGUCAUGUUAAAACAGGACAGCUUGCUGCUAUUAAGGUUAUGGACGUCACCGGGGAUGAAGAGGAGGAGAUCAAACAAGAAAUUAACAUGCUGAAGAAAUAUUCUCAUCACCGAAAUAUCGCUACAUAUUAUGGUGCUUUUAUUAAAAAGAACCCACCGGGAAUGGAUGAUCAGCUCUGGCUGGUGAUGGAGUUUUGUGGCGCUGGCUCCGUCACCGACCUGAUCAAGAACACAAAAGGGAACACUUUGAAGGAGGAGUGGAUCGCCUACAUCUGCAGAGAGAUUUUACGGGGUUUGAGUCAUCUACACCAGCACAAAGUAAUUCAUCGAGACAUCAAGGGACAGAAUGUAUUGCUGACGGAAAACGCAGAAGUUAAACUAGUGGAUUUUGGUGUCAGUGCCCAGCUGGACAGAACAGUAGGCAGAAGAAAUACCUUCAUUGGGACUCCUUACUGGAUGGCCCCCGAGGUCAUUGCUUGCGAUGAAAAUCCUGAUGCCACUUAUGACUUUAAGAGUGACUUGUGGUCUUUGGGGAUAACAGCCAUCGAGAUGGCAGAAGGCGCUCCCCCUCUCUGUGACAUGCAUCCCAUGAGAGCCCUGUUCCUCAUUCCCCGCAACCCAGCCCCGAGGUUGAAAUCAAAGAAGUGGUCUAAAAAGUUUCAGUCCUUCAUUGAGAGCUGCCUAGUGAAGAACCACAGCCAGAGACCGACGACAGAGCAGCUGAUGAAGCAUCCCUUCAUUCGGGACCAGCCUAACGAAAGGCAGGUUCGCAUCCAGCUCAAGGACCAUAUCGACAGGACUAAGAAGAAGAGAGGCGAGAAAGAUGAGACAGAGUACGAGUACAGUGGAAGUGAAGAGGAGGAGGAGGAAAAUGACUCUGGAGAGCCCAGCUCCAUCCUGAACCUGCCCGGAGAGUCGACGCUGCGGCGGGAUUUCCUGAGGCUGCAGCUGGCGAACAAGGAGCGCUCGGAGGCCCUGCGACGGCAGCAGCUGGAGCAGCAGCAGCGCGAGAACGAGGAGCACAAGCGGCAGUUGCUGGCGGAGCGGCAGAAGCGAAUCGAGGAGCAGAAGGAGCAGAGGCGAAGGCUGGAGGAGCAACAGAGGCGAGAGAAGGAGAUGCGGAAGCAGCAGGAGCGAGAGCAGCGGCGGCACUACGAGGAGCAGAUGCGCAGGGAGGAGGAGCGGAGACGUGCCGAGCACGAGCAGGAGUACAUCAGGCGACAGUUAGAGGAGGAGCAGAGACAGUUAGAGAUCCUGCAGCAGCAGUUGUUGCAGGAGCAAGCGCUACUUCUGGAGUAUAAGCGCAAGCAGUUGGAGGAGCAGCGGCAAGCGGAGAGGCUGCAGCGGCAACUCCAGCAGGAGCGCGACUACCUGGUCUCCCUGCAGCAGCAGCAGCAGCAGCAGCGGCAGGACCAGAGGCCAGCGGAGAAGAAACCGCUCUACCAUUACAAGGAAGGGAUAAAUGCCAGCGAGAAGCCAGCAUGGGCCAAGGAGGUGGAGGAGCGCUCCCGACUCAACCGUCAGAGCUCGCCGGCGAUGCCUCACAAGGUGGCCAACAGGAUUUCUGACCCCAACCUGCCUCCUCGCUCCGAGUCCUUCAGCAUUAGCGGUGUGCAGCCCGCCCGGACCCCACCCCUGCUCAGACCCGUGGACCCGCAGAUUCCACAUCUGGUCACUGUGAAAUCCCAAGGAAGCUCCUUGUCUGGCUCUCAGUCCCUGCAUGAACAGCCCACCAAGGGGAUGGCUGGGUUUCAGGAGGCUCUGACGGUGGCCUCUCACCGCCCUGAGAUGCCAAGGCAGAACUCGGACCCCACCUCAGAAAACCCUCCUCUGCCCCCUCGCAUUGAAAAGUUUGACCGAAGUUCUUGGUUACGGCAGGAGGAAGACAUCCCGCCAAAGGUGCCUCAACGAACCACUUCCAUAUCCCCCGCUCUGGCGAGGAAGAACUCCCCGGGCAACGGCAGCGCACUGGGACCCCGGCUGGGAUCGCAGCCGAUUCGCGCAAGCAACCCGGACCUGAGGCGGACGGAGCCCAUCAUCGAGAGCCCGCUGCAGCGCACCAGCAGCGGCAGCUCCUCCAGCUCCAGCACGCCCAGCUCCCAGCCCAGCUCCCAGGGGGGCUCCCAGCCCGGCUCCCAGGCGGGCUCCAGCGAGCGCAAUAGAGUCAGAGGAAACGUCAAACCAGAAGGGUCACCUGUGCUCCCCCACGAGCCCGCGAAGAUAAAACAGGAAGACAACAGAGACGUGACGCGACCGAGCCGACCUGCUGAUCUGACAGCCUUAGCCAAAGAGUUGAGGGAGCUGCGCAUCGAGGAGACCAAUCGCCCUCUGAAGAAGGUGACCGACUACUCCUCCUCCAGCGAGGAGUCAGAGAGCAGCGAGGAGGAAGAGGAGGAUGGUGAAAAUGAGACGCACGAUGGGACUGUGCCCGUCAGCGACAUCCCGAGGCUGAUACCCACAGGAAUUCCUGGAAGCAAUGAGCCGUACAACCUGGGAAUGGUGACAACCCACAGUCUGGAGACAUCCCAUGCAGAUACGUUUAGCAAUAUUUCAAGGGAAGGGACUUUAAUGGUGAGGGAGACCUCUGGUGAAAAAAAGCGUUCAGGCCACGCAGCCAGCAAUGGCUUUGCAGGCCACAUCAAUCUGCCUGAUCUGGUGCAGCAGAGCCACUCGCCUGCAGGCACACCGACCGAGGCCCUGGGCCGAGGCUCCACGCAUGCGCAAGACAUGGACUCGGUGCCUGAAUAUGGUAUGGGAAGUAGCACCAAAGCCUCUUUCACGCCGUUUGUGGACACCAGAGUGUAUCAGACCUCACCUACUGAUGAAGAUGAAGAUGAAGAUGAAGAAUCGUCUGCUACUGCACUGUUUACCAGUGAACUGCUCAGACAAGAGCAGGCCAAGCUGAACGAAGCGCGGAAGAUCUCCGUGGUGAACGUGAACCCCACCAACAUCCGCCCCCACAGCGAUACCCCCGAGAUCCGGAAGUACAAGAAGCGCUUCAACUCGGAAAUACUCUGCGCUGCGCUGUGGGGUGUCAAUCUCCUGGUGGGCACAGAAAAUGGCCUGAUGCUACUGGAUCGAAGUGGACAAGGGAAGGUCUACAACCUGAUCAACAGACGACGAUUUCAGCAGAUGGACGUACUAGAGGGCCUUAACGUCCUCGUGACAAUAUCAGGAAAGAAGAACAAGCUGCGGGUGUACUAUCUCUCCUGGUUAAGAAACAGAAUUUUACACAACGACCCCGAAGUAGAGAAGAAGCAGGGCUGGAUCACGGUCGGAGACUUGGAGGGCUGCAUCCACUACAAAGUUGUGAAAUAUGAAAGAAUCAAGUUCUUGGUGAUUGCCUUAAAGAAUGCUGUAGAGAUAUAUGCUUGGGCUCCUAAACCAUAUCACAAGUUUAUGGCAUUUAAGUCUUUUGCAGAUCUCCAGCACAAACCGUUGCUUGUGGAUCUCACUGUAGAAGAGGGUCAGAGACUCAAGGUUAUCUUUGGAUCACACACUGGUUUCCAUGUGAUUGAUGUAGAUUCUGGGAACUCUUAUGAUAUCUAUAUACCAUCUCACAUUCAGGGCAAUAUUACUCCUCACGCCAUUGUCAUCCUGCCUAAAACAGACGGGAUGGAGAUGCUUGUGUGCUAUGAGGACGAAGGCGUAUAUGUGAACACCUAUGGGCGGAUAACUAAAGAUGUGGUGCUCCAGUGGGGAGAAAUGCCUACUUCUGUGGCCUACAUUCAUUCCAAUCAAAUCAUGGGCUGGGGAGAGAAAGCUAUUGAAAUCCGGUCAGUGGAGACAGGACAUUUGGAUGGAGUAUUUAUGCACAAGCGAGCUCAAAGGUUAAAGUUUCUAUGUGAAAGAAAUGAUAAGGUGUUUUUUGCGUCGGUGAGAUCCGGAGGAAGUAGCCAAGUGUUUUUCAUGACCCUCAACAGAAACUCCAUGAUGAACUGGUAACAGAAGAGCACGGGGCGCUUACCAUCAUGGCAUUAUUUCUAAUUUAAAGGACAUUGAACACGUGGACUAACGCCGCCGCCGUGGCAGAUGCGGGUGGACCACGCGCUCCCGCCCCAUCCCGCGCCGCCACCGCCAUCGCCCCGGGCAGAGGGGCCCGCGGGAGCGCGGCCCCGGCCAGCGUCCGCGCUCGGGCCUCGGGAAACCGGCCUCUCCGGGGCUCCUGAUUAAGCUGUGUUAUAGUGGGUUAUGAAUUUUUCUUUUUUUGUUUUUUAAUUUUACUUUUUUCUUUGUCCCCUGCUUUGUAAGAAUGGGGAAAGAAACCGUGUCGAAGAGUCUGUUUUUAAUUCUGUCUGCCUGCUAGCAUCAAAUAUUAUAGUAUGUUGUAAAGUUACCAAUUAAAUCUGGUGAGAGACAGCACAAUAAAUGUACCUUUUAUCUUUGUGAUGAAGGCCGUAACCGUAUAUAGCUGGGUAAUUUUAGGAAUCUUUUGCCUUCACCAACAUUUGCAUGUUGCUCUCGGCAGCAACAGCUGGACGGAUUUUUAACGGAGAGAGAAAUAAUAGGUGGGCUUUUUUUCCCCUCUUUUGGGAAAUGGAUUUUAAAUGGCUAAACUACUAGCCUUAGACUAAUAAAAGUCAGCUACCGUUCUUGUCAGUCUGUCAAUCCAUAUUUUUAUAUGGAUCUUCACGUGAGGGCGAGUCGCGGCGGUGCCGUUUGCGGCGGCCGCUGGCGGGUGAGGGUCCGGUGCGCUGGGGCAGGGGCCACACGGAGGGGGACGCUGUGGCCUCGUCGCCGCCGGCCAUCGUGCGCCACCGCCAUCGUGAGCUGCCCCGAGGUGGCCGCCGGGGCCCGGCGUCCCACACGGCACCGCGGCGGGGAGGCCCCUGUGCGAGCACCGGCCGGAGGCAGCGCCACGGGGCAAGCAAGCCACCAACCCGGCGCAGGAAGGCGCCUCGCCGGAUCGGGCUUGUAAAGAGCUUAAAGAAUAUAUAUAUAUAUGUGGUUUCUUUGGCCAAGGGUCUGAAUCUAUACUCGUUUCCUGCCCCCGCUCCCCUUCGCCCCCCGCGAAUUACCCAACAUACAGUGAAAAACGACAUCUGUGCCGAAAUGUGUAUGUAUUUAGUUCAGGUUGAAUUGUGUCCUUAUAAACUCUGCUCAAUUGAUUUAAAUUUUAAGUGCGUAUCUGGGAUUUUUCUUUUCUCAGUAGCUACAAGCAUGGCUGCCUGUGGUAUUAGGGUGUCGCAUAACAAGAUCUGUGUUGCUGGUUUUUAACCUACCUCGUUUUGUUCGUUUGUUUGUUUUUUCGUUUAGCUGUUUAUCACAGCACCGUUACCUCCAGCGACAUAUAGAGAGCUUAACUGGCAAUCUUGGUGUACUCAGCAACGAUGGCUUUAUUAAAAAAUAAUUUAAAAAAAUCAACAGUAGUUGGUCAACCUUGAAUCUUUUGUGAACCGCAAGAAAACGUUUGGCUGCUUGGUCUCUGGGCAGCCAGGCUGGCGCCGUGGUGACAGGUCCCCCUGCCCUGACUGGUGCCAGCCCGCCGCCAUCUUCUCCCUCCACCACCACCCGGCCGCCAUCUUCUCCCACCGCCACCCGGCCGCCAUCUUCUCCUGCCGCCACUGGCAUCCGCCUUUGUGAGGCCACAAGAUGGCGGCUCAGCUUCCCCCACGGGAUUGCCAUCAGCUCUUUAUAUUCUCACUGUGGUUACCUUAAAGCAGAGCUUGUUACUGAGUUUAUGUUGCAAACUGGUAACCCUUCUCUCCUUUUCUUUUUCUUUUCCCCCUGAAGUGACGAGUUCAGAAUACACAGCUUUAAAUGAUUUUUUUUUUUAAUUGUGGGGUUUUUGGGUACAGUUAUGGAAUAAAAGGGAGUCGUUGUGUUUAAACAUAAGGUAGUAUGUGAAUGUAUUUUUUAAAAACCAUGGAGUCGUUUGAAGCGAAAUCAUAAGAAACCAAUAUUAACGCAGUCUUGUUUACAGCGUAUGUACAUGAACAUAACAUAGAUCAAACGCAUUUCUGGUGCCAACUACAAUAAAACACAAAACUUCAACAUGAA